AUGGCGGCGCCGGUUCAAGAGGGCGAAGUGGUAGCGGGAUUCCUCGAGCACGGCUCGGUGGAGGCGUUCGGGCGCGGUCUUGUCGGCCGUCUGGCCAGCGCCGCGGCUGUCGCCAAUGAGCUGCCCGAGGGGGAUGAUUUCAACUUCCUAUCGACCGCGUCAUUUGCAGGACCCGAUUCGUUCCGCCCCACGAUGCGCAAGAUGCAGAAUCGGCUUCUCAGGCUGGCCCAGGAAUUAAUCAACCACGAGCUGCCCCGCAAUCCCCCGCGCGUGGACGAUCCCACCGAUCCCGAAGAUGUCACGGAUCGAUUCGAGGCCGUUGUCGAUUCUACAGAUCUUCUCCUCGAGAAAGUGGACAACUUCGCCGACGAGGCCCGCGGCCAGAGCAAUCGCCCCAAGGUCGUCGUCAGCACCACCACCACACAAGAGAAGGGAAGGGACUUUCAUCUGUUUCACGGCAGCAACGUGCUGCGGCCGCAGCUUCAGUUCAAGGACCCCGUGGACAACACCCACACGCCGUGGAUGCCCGUCCCCUAUCGCAACGGCCAGCGGCCCACCCCCGCCCCUCCUUCGGCGCUGCCAAAGGACCUCGAGACUCACAUGUCGACGCAGCUCGGCAUCACUCUCCCCGAGGAGUCGUUCUCAAUGUACCCGCACCCGUUCUACGAGCAGCUGGCCAACCUCGAGUACCUGCCCUCGCAGCUGGGCUCCUGCAUCGAGCAGCCCUUCCAGCCCCUCGAAAACAUCCCCUUCACCUUUACGCCGGACAUCAUCAAUCAGGUGGCGACGGUGAAGGACCUGAAGGACGUGGCCCAGAAGCUCGACGCCCAGACCGAGUUCGCGGUGGACUUGGAGCACCACUCCUAUCGCACCUUCCAGGGCUUCACGUGCCUCAUGCAGAUCUCCACCCGCACAGAGGACUUCAUUGUGGACACGUUGGCGCUGCGGGAGCACAUGCACCUCCUGAGCAGCUCCUUCCACGACGCCAACAUCGUCAAGGUGUUCCACGGCAGCGACAGCGAUAUCAUGUGGCUCCAGCGCGACUUUGGCCUCUACGUCAUCAACAUGUUCGACACCGGCCAGGCUUGCCGCGUGCUCGAGUACCCGUCGUUCUCGCUGGCCUACCUGCUGCGCCACCACUGCGGGGUGCUGGCCGACAAGAAGUACCAGCUCGCCGACUGGCGCAUCCGCCCGCUGCCCGAGGAGAUGCUCAAGUACGCGCGCGAGGACACCCACUACCUCCUCUUCAUCUACGACAAGCUGCGGAACGAGCUGAUCGGGCGUGCGAACAUGUCGAACAAUCUGAUCCUGGCGGUGCUCAACCGCAGCAGGGAGCUGUGCCUGCUGCAGUACGAGAAGCCCCUGUGGACGCCCACCAGCCACCUCUCCCUCUACAACCGAUUCAACUACGUCUUCAACGAACAGCAGAUGCGCGUCUUCGCCGCCGUCUACAAAUGGCGCGACACCGUCGCUCGUGAAGAGGACGAGUCGUAUCGGUAUGUGCUGCCCAAUCACAUGCUGUUCCACAUCGCCGAGCUGGUGCCGACGUCGGUCCCGGCCCUGCUGGCGUGCUGCAACCCGGUGCCCCCGCUCGUCCGCAUCAACGCCGAGAUCCUGGUCGACGUCAUCACCGCCGCCCGCGCCGAGCCCUCCCUCAGCGAAGGAGGUGUGACGCCGCGAUGGGAGACGUCGUACCGGCCGCUCAUGGCGCCCACGCACCAGCGGAUGGGUCCCUCGGCGCACCAGACGGCCGCCGACCAGCAGCAGCCCCCGAUUGCGCAGGCCCAGCCUGCGGCCGUGUCAGCGCAGUCGGCGGCCGUCGCCGCCACGCCCGACCGGCGCGACACUACGAGCCCCACGCUCUCCAAAGACGAGCUCUACUCCACCGCCGGCUGGACGUCGCCCCGGAGCUCCCGUGCGGCCGUGUGCUCGCCCGUCAACAAGAACUAUCGCACGAUGAUCCCGCGGGCGGGGAGCAGCCUCUACAGCACGCUCGCCGACGCGUCGGACUCGGACGACUCGGACGAGGACAAGAAGACCGCCAUGCUCAUCGCCUCCUCCAUCUCCACCCAGGGCCUCCUCCCCUGGCAUGAGGUGAUGGCGCCGGAGGCGGAGAGCGCGGCGGCGGCCGGCGGGGCAAAGGCUGCGGCGACGACGGCGGCGGAUCCGGCGAUGGCGGACGUGCCGCGGUCGAUGCAGGAGAUCUACGAGAUUUCGAACAAAAACCGAAAGCGCAACAAGGAGAAGCGGAAGCUCAAGGAGACCUCCAAGGAGACCGCCGCCGAGCCCUUCUCGCCCGUCAAGUUCUCCACCUCCGACGAAUCCUUCGACGGCGCCGAAAACGACACCAUGCAAGGUGGUCGGAAGAAGCAGAAGCCGAACGAUCUGAACGACGAGGAGUUCAUGAAGUCGAUCGGGUGGGCCUCGGAGGAGGACGCCCGGCAGGCGCGGGAGGCGGCCAGCGCGCCGGCCCCAUUCGACUACGCGGCCGCCCCGGCCCCGUUCAGCCAGGCCCAGCCGCAGCCGCCGUCGCAGGAGGCCUCCGACCACACCUUUGCCCCGCGCGGCUCCCGCAACGCCGCAUCGUCGUCGUCGGGCGGACGCAACCAGCAGCAGCGCCCGGCGCAGGCCUCGCAGCAGGCGCCCUUCGAUCCCCACGCCAACCUCAACAGCAUCAGCGGACCACGAGGCGGGGGGCGCGGACGGUUCCAGCGCAAGGACCGAAGCAAGACGCAGACCUUUGGCGCUGCCCGAGGCGGCGAGAACCGAGGCCAGUGGCCCCGAAGAUAG